GGAUGCCCUGAGCGACCAAAAUAAAGAUAAGACUGCGUUUCGCUAUGAAUGCGGUUGGCUGUGGAAUCUUAAGAGGAGAGGUUGCAGUGCCAGGAGCCAAGAUGGCGCCUGGAGAGUGACACUCGGGGUCUGCGCAUGCGUGAGCCCCAGUUUGGCCAGGAAGAGGGUCAAAAGGUCUUAUUUACUGCAGAGAAAGGUGGUGAUUGUGAUUCGGAGGAGAAAAGCUUCCUGUUCCAUCUUCAGAGCAUCAUCCAGAGCCUUAAGGCAACAUGACCAGCAACCUGGACAUCUUCGUGGGGAACACCACUCUCAUCGAUGAGGAGGUCUACCAGCUCUGGCUGGAUGGCUAUUCAGUGAACGAUGCUGUGGCGCUCCGCCUGCGCAGCGGGAUCCUGGAGCAGACGGGGGCCACGGUGGACGUGCUCCAGAGCGACACCAUGGACCACUACCGCACUUUCUACAUGCUGGAGCGGCUCCUGCACUCGCCCCCCAAGCUGCUGAACCAGCUCCUCUUCCAAAUCCCUCCCUAUCGCCAGACCAUGCUGAUUGAGAGGUACUAUGCCUUUGACGAGGCCUUCGUGCGGGAGGUUUUGGGCAAGAAGCUCUCCAAAGGCACCAAGAAAGACCUGGACGACAUCAGCGUCAAGACCGGGGUGACCCUCAAGAGCUGCCGCCGGCAGUUUGACAAUUUCAAGAGGGUCUUUAAGGCCGUCGAGGAGCUUCGGGGGUCACUAGUGGAAAACAUCCAACAGCACUUCCUGCUCUCAGACCGACUGGCCAGGGAUUACGCGGCCAUCGUCUUCUUUGCCAACAGCCGCUUUGAGACGGGCAAAAAGAAGCUGCAGUACCUGACCUUUGAGGAUUUUUCCUACUGCGCAGAGCAGAUGAUCCAGAACUGGACUUUGGGAGCCGUGGAUACCAACGUGGACGAUAUGGAUGUUGACCUUGAUAAAGAGUUCCUUCAAGGCCUGAAAGAGUUGAAGAUCCUGAUUACCGACAAAGACUUGUUAGACCUGCACAAAAGCUUGGUGUGUACGUCGUUGCGGGGAAAGAUCUCCGUUUUCAGUGAGAUGGAAGCCAAUUUUAAGAACCUCUCUCGGUCUCUCAUCAACAUCGCUUCGAAGCUCACCCACAGCAAGGACGUUCGGGACUUCUUUGUGGACCUGGUGGAGAAGUUUGUGGAGCCCUUCCGGUCCGACAAGUGGAGUCCAAACGAUGUUCGUCUCUUCCUGACACAAUACACGGCUUGUGCCCACACCCUGGACGCAUUCAGGCACCAAGCCCUUUGGGAGCGGUACAUGGGGACCCUCAAAGCCUGCCUUUUGAAGAUGUACCACGACUGAGCCCCGUCUUCCAGAACUAUUUAUUUAUUUUCGUUUCGGAAUCAAAAUGGCUCUCCUUCCUUCAGGGCGAGACCAGUGCGAGGCACAAGAGAAGUCCGAGCUUCACCUGCAACAGGAGAACGGCGUCAUUCAUUCUCAUUGGCUGCCACCCAUGUGCCAAAAAGUUACCAUUUGGGGACAGCUCCCAGAAUCCUGGCUGGAGGCGAUGGAAUUCUGGGACUUAUAGUGUGUAUAAGAAACCACUUCCAAAGCUCUCGCUGCCCUCCUGGCCUCAGGUCUCACUUCCCAGCUUCCCUCAUUUCCUGUCUUCAGAGGGUUGUUUGGGAGAGAUAGAAGAGCAUUUGUCUGGCCUCCCUCGCAGGGAUGUUGUGAGGAUAAAGGUGGGAAGGAAAGGAGCAUGUGUGCUACCUUAAGCUCAUUGAUACAAUGGCUGGCUGGAUAGAAAGGUAAAUAAACAAAGCCAGAGCUUGAACCAA